GCAAGGGACCAGUCUAAAUACGGAUCCGCGAGUCCGCGGUAAAUGUAAAUUGUUAUGCGAAAACAAGAAAUGAAUUCGCCAAAGAAAGACUUAUAUCGCAGGGUUCCAAGUUCAGACAAUGCUGGAGCCCAAUCCCCAAACAGAAAGCCACUGGUGCAAGGUCAGCUGGUGACGAAUGCGACGAUGAGGGACCCGGACGAUCCCGACGUGAUCGUCACCCACAUCGCACACGACUCGGAUCUCAGUCAUCGCAUGAAGCUGUGUCAGCUAGAAGAUCCUGACCGCGCCACGCCGGAAAAAUACUACUCUGUCGGAGAAGUGGAGAGGCGCGGCCCUGCUGCGCCGGAGAAGCACGGAUUUGCUGCACCGGAGAAACAGGGCAGUGUUGCACCAGAGGACCCAACCGCUAGCCCACGCAGGUGUGCCCCGUUGCCAGCGGCGCUAGGAAAGGGCGAAGGUUCCCCACUGCUGCUGAGAAGGAGCGAGUCGCUAGAAUUAUCCGACACUGAAUCGGAUACAUUAGGUAUCAAGUCCCAGGAGAAUCCAGGACAAGUCGUUGUGGUGGAUGCUAUGCUAGAUUCAAGCAGAAGUCCAGAAUCAACAGCAGAAGUUGGCAUUGUUACCGAAAUCAUAUCGUCGCCUGCGUUGAUUACAUCUCAUGUAGCUGUGGAAGUAGCUAAACCAUCUUCUUCUAAGCCCGUGGUGAAAAAAGAAGACACUAAUGAUACUAAGCACGAAGCUGGCCUGAAGAAAAAGAAAAAAUCUAAAGGAAGGAUCGUACCCUCCAGGUACAUGGCGGCAGCUGGCGGUCUGUCGUCAAAGCGUAACGAGUCGGGGGAAACUUCAGCAGCUCAGUCGGACAGUUCCAGGACCACCAAGACUUCGGCGAGGUCAGUCGGAAUGCCGAGAAAUGUUUCACGAGUCACGAAACCAAAGCGACCGGUCUCAUCAAGGAUGGACAAGACUGGUGAUGAGUGCAACAAGUUCUACGCAAUUCCACACGACACAAAGUGUCGAGGAUCUCUCAAGGCGAUGUCGACGCCAGCCACUGCUAGCCGCGGCAGUAUGCAGGUCUUUGCCGGAAUCCAGGAAGACGACUUCAGCCAGACACGUGCCCAGCAUGUCAAAUCAAUCUCUAGGUCUUCAUACUCGCGACCAAGAUCGAAGCGAGAGAGUAAAGCGGCGCCAUCUUUAGAAGACGACCAGCUCACCUUCAGUUGCUCUACCGCGCUAUAUCACGUGGUCCUACAUGGACCACAGAUGUCAAAGAAAGCAUGUGACCAUCAGGAGGCUGAUGCAGCAGAGACAGAUGUACCAACUCUGGCAAGGAGUGGUGAACGGCUAGACGACUACAAGAGUAGGCUAGAUCUCGCACUAGACAAAGUAAAGCACAUCAAGAUGCUUGAGAAACCAUUGCAGCACAGAAGCUUUGAAGUCGAUGUCGGCAGAGUGAAAGACAAGUACGCGAACAUGGCCGCCUCCGUGGAGGCGACGUACGCAUCACUCAAGCACACGAUCAGCCACAUCCCGCGACGAUCCCACCGAACAGAGUGA